AUGCCACCAACAGCCAUCGCAACAUCGCCUGCGCAGGAUUCUCCAGCACUGCUCACCAAAGAUCUAAACUUCAACGGCGAAGGGAAGCUUCCUGCUGUUAGCGCAACAGAAACAAGCGAUGAAGAGAUCAAUGAGACUCUUCCACGCACGAUACACCCGCCAUUAAUCCUAGAGAACCACCCCGUUGACGAGCGCCUCCCACUAAAAGCAAUUGUCGUGGGAGCUGGGAUUACAGGAAUUACGGCGGGCAUUCUUCUUCCUGCUAAAGUUCCUGGCCUCAACUUGACUAUCUAUGAGCGACACUCUGAUAUUGGUGGAGUAUGGCAUUCAAACCAGUAUCCCGGCGUGAAAUGUGACGUUCCCUCCCAUGUCUAUCAAUCCACAUUCUCGCCCUCCAAAAGCUGGACAGAGAACUACUCGCGCGGCGCAGAGAUCAAAUCCUACUGGAAGUCAGUAGCAACCAAGUACUCCGUCUGGAAAUACAUCCAAACCAACUCCCAAAUCAUUUCUACAUCAUGGUCUGAAUCAAAUGCAAAAUGGACGGUCACGGUGAAACAAACAGACCCUCUUACUGGCCUAAGCAGCACCAUCACAGACGAGGCAGAGUUCCUGAUAACAGGGGCCGGCCGGUUCAGUAACCCCCGUCUACCGAAUAUCCCAGGUCUGGAUGAUUACCAGGGGAAAGUAAUCCAUACUGGCAAAUGGGAUCCUACAUUCGAACCAGAAGGGAAGAACCUAGCCCUCAUCGGCAACGGCGCAUCGGGACUUCAGAUCCUGCCUGAGCUGCAGAAAGUCGCGAACCGUGUCGACCACUACACCCGCAAUCCAACAUGGGUUGCUGGCACUCUGGGUGGAGAGAAGCUCAGCCGGACGGUACCAAUUGCAUCGGAUCUAAAGGACUCAUGGGAAAAUGACAGCGCAGCGUACCAUUCAUACAGGAAAGAGCUGGAGACGCAGUCCUGGACACGCUUCGGACUGGUUCAAAAGGGCAGCGAGAGGAAUAGAGCCGCCCGUGAGGAAUUCGAAAAGCUCAUGGCCAUUAGAUUGGGCGACAAGAAGGAUGAGCUUCUUUCCCUUGUUGUGCCUGAUUUCCCACCUACGUGUCGACGACUUACCCCAGGACCUGGAUAUCUGGAGGCAGUUGCGCAGCAGAACGUGGAGUAUAUCAGAACACCAAUAGAGACGCUUACAGAGAAGGGAAUAAAGACCGUCGAUGGAAAGGAGCGAAACGUUGACGCCGUAAUCUGCGCCACAGGUGUGGACGUCACAGAUACACCGGGCUUUCCCAUAUACAACAGCAACGGCACAAACCUACAAUCACUGUGGCGAGAGGGAGGCGACCCCGGAUUCCCAGAUACAUACUUGGGCAUGGCAGCCGCCGAUUUCCCGAAUCUGCUGUUUCUCGGGGGACCGAAUUCCGCGUCUGGGUUUGCAGGGACAGUCCCGCAUACUAUCGAGACGCAGGUGACGUACAUUGCAAAGAUCCUGCGGAAGGUGUCGUCUCAGCGGAUUCGGACGAUUGUUCCAUCACGGGCUGCAGUGGUAGACUUCCGAGCCUACUGCGAGUCGUUCUUUCCGACAACCGUUCUUGGUGAGGGAUGCAGUUCGUGGUAUAAUAACCAGGUGAAAGGGGGACGCAUUGUGGCGGUUUGGCCUGGGAGUGGAGCCCAUGUGAACUACAUUCGAAGGGAUGUGAGAUGGGAGGACUUUGAGUAUACGUAUCAUAAUAGCCAAGGGAACCGGUUUGGGUAUUUCGGGAACGGGUGGACGAGCAGGGACGUUGCGGCGAAGGAUGGCGGUGAUCCUGCGAAGGAAGUGGACUUUACGUAUUAUCUGAAGCAGGAGGCGACUACAGGUGAUGGUGUUGAUUUACGGGGGUAUCAUGAGGCGUGGUGGGAGGUUUGA